AUGGAUCAAGUAUCGUCUAAAGUGAUACACGAUGUUAGUGGUCAGAAGAAACUUGUUAGUUUCAAUCCAAUCCAGGGUCGAAUCACAACUCAAACAGUCCGGGAUGAAGAAGAAUAUAUGGAGCAUCUGGGAAAAAUAAUACAACGGGAUUUUUUCCCUAGCCUUACAACAAACGGAGAAAAGGGAGUCGAUGGUGAAUCCAGUGAGCUUAAGGAUCGAAGUGUACUUUGUACCGAUUCUCAUAAUCCUGAAAAGAGUGAUCCAACUGCUAUGUCUUUGGAUAAAUACAUGGCUAAUAAUACGACGGAAGACGAUGCAUCCUUCGCUGAGCUAGUUGAAGAAAACGAAAGAAAGCAGCGAAUUAAGCUGGCCCCUUUUUUCCCUUCUCUUCAGUGUUCUGCACCUGCACCUUUAGACAAUCCGAAAACCUUGGCUCUCCCUGGUGUUUCAAAUGCUGUUGUUGGACCUAGGGUCACAAUUACUGGGAACAAUGCUGUUCAUUUUAAUCCUGAUGGUACGUCUCAAACCAGGGAGGAAUUGCUGGAAUUUUUGUCAAAGGAACGUAAAAUCGUGUCGACUAAUACUCGAUUCAAGAGACCUUUCCCAGUGAAUCUGGAAAAAAAACGUACAAUGAAACAUUUACUUGCAGCAAAGCUGGGUCGUAUCGGCCUUAAUGGUUUAGAAAUGAACUCACCAUACGGAACUCCUCAGGCUUCUGGGUAUAAAUUUCUUGAUUCUUCCCCUUCACCAAUGGCAAUGUUUCCUCACACACCUUUGAUGACUUGGGGUGAAUUGGAUUCGACACCUUUCCGACUAGAUGACAGCGAAACGACACCAUCAGUUGUAUCUGGUGGUCCAGCCUUUCGUAUCCCAUCUCCUUCUCAACGUGAACAGCUUGCCCAUCAAUUAGCAGAUAAAGCAAGUCGUCAACGUGUGCGUGAUCGUUUGGAAGCAGUUAAAAGAAUGCAGUCAGCAGCGUCAAGUCCGUCACGGUCGCUACUCUCUCCUGCUGCUCUUCGUUUACUCGCUUCCAGCUCAUCGAUUAUAAAUAACGAACCAAACAGCCGACCUUCAACUGGCACUGCUCGUAUUGGUGGGCAGACAUGUUCUCCUCUUCCUAAAGUCAAUACUCCUCGGCGCGUUCCAUCUGAUUUGGGUGUUGUUAGACGUCCAAAUUCAGCACGUUCAAUCCCUCACUGCGAAUCUUUGAAACCGAACACUACUGAAAAGAAAAUUCCUCUAGAACGUGGUGAUAUCCAGGUCGAUAAACCUGAAUCUUCUUCAUCGAUUACAGAUAACUUACUGAAUUUAAAAUGUCAAAAUUUGUGA